CACUCAGUCAGGCACCAGCGGAGAGUCGCAGGCAGUGUGGCAGCUGGGAAUGUGAGGGUUUCUAACAUAGACUGCUAUUUUCAGGGGACUGGGAACACUAGCGGGGCUGGCCAGGAAGAGACUCAGCCCACAAGCUCCACUCUAGCCAACAACACUGGCUCACAUUUGAAGUGGAAACAGGAGGUGUGUGUGGGGGGGUUGCGACCUGCGCUUUUCUCUCCGGGGGAGUCGGUGCCUUUCUCGGACCCCGUCGGAUGGUCAACGGACAGCCGUUGGUGGCUCACUGCGGGGGCUGCGUGCUACAAAAAAAGAGGGAACCAACGGCUGACGAGCCGGGGAUGAGAAGCGGUUGAACCAGUCGGAGAAAACGUGUUUGCCCACCUCUCUCCCGCCUCGGGCUGUGUGUUUGUGUCUGUGUAUGUAUGUCUGUGUGUGUGUGUAUACGUACGCGUACCUCCUGUCUGGUGAGUCCGGUUAAAAAAAUGCAAUGAAACCUCUUUUUUGUUGAGUUUAAUGUGUCCCGGUGUGAAACGCUCGGUUAAAUGCGCCCGUUUCGCCGCUGCCAAGCAACUCACGCCAACGACGAUGGACUGAAAUCUGCGGCGGGCGCCACCGACACACAACCUGCCGCGAUUCCCUGCGUGUAAAUAAAUAAAUGAUAGAGGAUACAAUGACCCUGCUGUCUCUGUUAGGUCGGAUCAUGCGUUAUUUUCUGCUCAGACCGGAGACUUUGUUCCUGCUGUGUAUCAGCCUGGCUCUGUGGAGUUACUUCUUCCACACGGACGAAGUGAAGACCAUCGUCAAGUCCAGCCGGGAUGCGGUCAAGAUGGUCAAGGGGAAAGUGGCGGAGAUGAUGCAGAACGAGAGGUUCGGCGGGCUGGACGUCCUGGACCAGGAUUUCUCCAAGACCUGGGAGUUCAAGAGCAACAACGUGGCCGUGUACUCCAUCCAAGGCCGGCGAGACCACAUGGAGGACAGGUUCGAGGUGCUCAUGGACAUCGUCAACAAGAGCCACCCGUCUAUAUUUGGGGUCUUUGAUGGCCAUGGAGGAGAGGCCGCUGCUGACUUUGCAAAGGCCCACCUGCCCGAGGCUCUCCGCCAGCAGCUACUGACCUAUGAACGGGAGAAAGAACGGGACAGAGAAAAAGACAAGGAGAAAGAUGAAAAAAAGGAGAGGGGCGGCCUGUCUUAUCCUUCGAUCCUGGAGCAACAGAUCCUGGCCUUGGACAGAGAAAUGCUGGAGAAGCUCUCCGCAACUUACAAUGAAGCAGGUACUACAUGCCUGGUGGCCCUGCUGUCUGAUAAGGAGUUGACAGUGGCCAACGUCGGAGACUCGCGCGGAGUUCUUUGCGAUAAAAACGGCAACGCCAUUCCUCUAUCGCACGACCACAAACCUUACCAGCUCAAAGAACGCAAGAGGAUAAAGAAGGCUGGAGGGUUCAUCAGCUUCAAUGGCUCGUGGCGUGUCCAGGGCAUUUUGGCCAUGUCCCGUUCUCUUGGCGAUUACCCACUGAAGAACCUCAACGUGGUCAUUCCUGAUCCCGACAUCCUGUCAUUUGACCUGGACAAGCUGCAGCCGGAGUUCAUGAUCCUGGCGUCGGACGGCUUGUGGGACACCUUCAGCAACGAGGAGGCGGUUCGCUUCAUCAGGGAACGACUGGACGAGCCUCAUUUUGGCGCCAAGAGCAUCGUCCUCCAGUCCUUCUAUCGUGGUUGCCCUGACAACAUCACCGUCAUGGUGGUCAAGUUUAAAGGCAAGGCCAGUGAGCAGUAGACCACCCGUCUACCACACACCAUAUCUAUAAUAUGUUUGAAUAUAAGUAAGAAAAAAAUAGGCUUAAAAUGAAAGAUUUAAAAACCGAGCCCGCAACUUUUUGAGCGAGAACUAUUUCUAUCACAGAUAUUUACAGAAGUUAGCUCUUUAACGCAUCAAACCACGCCCUCCCUCCCCCCUCCUCUUCUACUUUUACUGCUGAAAAAGUGACACUUGUGAGAAAAUGUCUUUCAUUAAGGCUUCACCAUAUCGUCAGACACCGUAAUGCGAGCUGGGUCACUGUUAUGCAAAUAAACAGAUUUAGCUCUGUGCAGCUGUGGGUACGCUUAUGUGUGUCUGUGUGUGUCUGUGUGUGUCUGUGUGUGUCUGUGUGUGUCUUUGUGUGUGUGUGAGUGAGUGAGUGAGUGAGAGAAAUGUCUGUCGAUGUGAUAAACUUGCACACAAGUGUCACGUUAACAACCAACCCAUUGUCUAGCCAACAAUGAGACAUUUUACAGUAUACAAGAUAGCAUGGAGUUUCACUUCCACAUUAUUUCAAUUGUCUGUGUGACCACUAAUUUUAUGUUUUUAGUUUCCUCAUCAUUUAAUCGUAUCGACGUCUACCAGGUGUCUGCACUGAAAGGUCCGUCGUUUAACAGGUUGGCAGGUUUUUUGUUUUUUCCGUGGAUCAAAUACAUGUCACUGGUGCAAAUCAUCAAUAUGAAGUUAUUCCCUUUAUACAUGAACAACACAGAUGAUAAUGUGCGUAUGUUAAGAUAUCACCAUGAAUAUUGUACAGCGAGAGAACUUAUUACAAUAUCACAUCACACUUGCUGAACGUGGGAAUCCUUGAGUGUUUUUAUCUUGAGUUGCCAAAUUUUAUAAGUUUAUUUGUUGGAUGUCUUAGUUCACUUUAAAAUGAUUGCUGUUAAAGACAAAAUAUAUUCUUUUUGAUUGUUGAUACAUUUUACAACUUCUUACGGCUGAGUUUGAGCUAGUUUGAUCUUUUUCUGUUACUGUGUUCAGCCCCGACUGAUUAGCCUCCAUGUAACUACUGAUAAUGUAAUGACCGCUGGAUAAUGCAGUAGGCUGUCAAAGUGUAACCGCAUCUCAUUUUAAAUGGCUGUAAAAUGUAAUGCAACUUUUCUUUAAAGCAAUAGACUCUCAGAUAAUGUGGAGAUAAUGUUGUAACAUCUCAUUAUGACUCCUAACUGCUGAUUCAUAUGGUUUGUCACACGUCAUCUGAUGAUAUAUUAACAUUGAUUGUUACGUCAAACUUGUAAGGAGAAGCUAAUAAUCUAGUUUUCACAUGUAAUAAUUGAAAGAAUAAUUGGCAUCUAAUUUUAAUUUUAUAUUAUUUAGGAAUGUAUAUUACUAUGGUUUACAAUCCUUUUAAUAAGCUUCAUUUUUACAUAUUGACAUGCUCUUCCUUUAUCUGACUUUUCUUACAUUAUCAUUCACUACAAACCUACAUAAUAUAAAUAUACUGAAAUUGACAACUUACUGUUACAAUGUCAUCUGUUAAUGUCACCUUCACUAAGAGAAAAGUCAUUUUCUCCCGAUACAGAUCACAUAUCACAUUUCCCUGAACUGUAACUCAAAAUGUAACAAGCCUUUGAAUAAAAUGUGUUAUUGUUGCCUUAUUUUUUAACUGUUCAUUUCCUUCUGUUAUGAAGUCUGCUGCCAAAACUACUUCUUGGUUUGUAAUGUAACGCAGUCGAUCAUACAGUUACCAUGCACACUGCACGACCUCCGUGUCUCACCUUGUUAACUCACAUGUAGAAUAUCGUCCUCGAAAGAGUGUCUCCGAGAGACACGACAUUGUAAGAUGAAUGUACAUACUGUCCUCAUGUUAGUUAUCACCCCUUCCACUGUUUAUACAGCCAUGAAGAAAGUAACGCGCCUGCUCCUGGAUUGUUUAACUUCAGUGAUAUAUAACAGAUAAAACUGUUUAAAACUGCUUUUUAAGUUCACAUUAUUCCUCCAUACUGUAUGUUGCCAAAUGUUUAUGUGGCAUUUGUACUUGUUUAUGUUGACUUUAAUAAACUGUAAACAAAAAUCUGAAAUUUUAAAAUGGAAAUCAAAAAGGUAACAUUAAAAUGCUAAAUGAUA